AUGUUCCCAGCGACUUCGUUCACUCCCACUAGAAAUGGCGUCAUCCCAGCAACGCACCAACAACGGCCACAACAAGAAAAACCAAAAGUUCUUCAAAUGGCCCUCGAUGCAAGCCUCCUGACAGACUUGAGCACUGCUUAUUCGAUGCUUCUCCAGGAUCACUAUUAUCCAACACAAUCUCUUACCGGUGGCAUUUGCUCGUUCAUGGGUGAUGCAGUUGCACAAACUGUGGACCGAAAUGAUAAUGAAGACUCUUAUGAUUCCAAACGAGGAGCGGUUUAUUUUUGCAAGGGCCUCGGUGGAGGAAUCUUGUGGAGUUGUUGGUUUGAAAGUGUCGACCCUAUCGCCAAUCAAUUGACAAGUGCUUUACUUCUGGGGCAAAGUUCUUCACCAUCAGUGGAACAGGCCACAAGAACUGCCGUUUGCAUUUUGCUGGAGCAGUUCUUCGUGUCUCCUCUAUUUUUCUCGAUUUGGGAUAUCCCAUUGCCAGCCUUGCUACAAGGCUCUCCCCCGUAUCAAAUGCCAGCACAGAUUCAAGAAAAGUUACCGCCUCUGUUGGUAGCUAAUGCCAAGGUUUGGACUCCUGUUAACUUGAUUACCUACAAUAUUCCGCCGGAAUACCGUGUGUUAUUUUCAAGUUCUGCAGAUAUCUUUUGGCAGGCUAUUAACGCUGCCAUCACUUCGAGAGAAAUCCAGAUGACAGAUGUUGCCACAGCAGGAAUGGCUACCACCCAACUACAAUCUGAGCUUGUGAAAAGUAAUACUGCACCAGCAGAAUCAUCAUCUGUCCGAUGA